AUGGGUGUCCAAUCUUUAUGGGAAAUAGUUGGACUGUCAGCAAGACCUGUACGAUUAGAGGCAUUAUCUAGGAAAAAACUCGCUGUAGAUGCGUCUAUAUGGGUGUAUCAGUUUUUAAAAGCCGUUAGGGACAAAGAAGGAAACGCGUUGCAACUGUCUCAUGUAGUUGGGUUUUUCAGACGGAUAUGUAAAUUGUUGUAUUUUGGGAUACUUCCAGUAUUUGUCUUUGAUGGAGGUGUACCUGUUUUGAAAAGACAAACUAUAACAGAACGACGUUCCCGAAGGCAACAAAAAACAGAGUCUAGAAGGGAAACUGCACAGAAAUUGUUAGCAAUUCAGCUACAAAGAGAAGCAGAAAGCUUUGUGAGGACAAGCAGACAGAAACUGAAAAACAAUUCUGCAUCAGCAGCUCUUGAUGAUGAUGAAGAAGAUGACGAAGAAGAAGAAGAUGUAAUUUAUUUUGAAGAUUUACCAGGAAAUAACCCGAUACAGGACCCUGCACAGGAUACUUUACCAAAGCAGCAGCAGCAGCAACAGCUGCGGCAGCCCAAGUCAAUCAGGUUUCGUAAACACGAUGAGUACCAUUUACCUGAUCUUCACGAAUUUUCGGUUUCAAAAAACGACCAAAGAAUAAUGACUGAUGAGGAACUUAUUCAGCAAAAUGACGACUUUGAUCAUGUGGAUGGAAUCAAUAUAAAUGAAGUAGAUCCAAAAUCAAAGGAGUUUGCACAAUUGCCAAUUGCUACUCAGUAUAUGAUAUUGAGUCAUCUUCGAUUAAAGUCGAGAUUGAGAAUGGGUUAUAAAAAAGAACAAUUGGAAGAAUUGUUUCCCAAUCUGAUGGAGUUUUCAAAGUUUCAAAUUCAACAAGUUCAGAAAAGAAACUUUUAUACUCAAAAAUUAAUGAAUGUGACAGGAAUGGGAGAUGAGUUUAAUGUAGAGAAACGAAUAGCUGGAGAUAAGGAUAGAAAAUAUGCUUUAAUCAAGACUAGCCAUGGAUGGUCAUUGUCCUUACAGAGUGAAGGGUCCAGUUACCAGGACCCAAUAGUUUUGACUGAUGAUGAGCAGCACGAGAACGAGAACGAGAACGAGAACGAGAACGAAAAUGAUAAAGUUGUAGAAGACAAGACGAAAAGUGAGCAAUUGGAGCAAGAAAUGUCAUCCGAUAACGAUUCCGAAUUUGAGGAUGUGCCUUUGAAUGAACAAGAGGAGACACCAGAGGAAAAACAAAUUCAAGAGGCACUUAUCAAGUCUCUAUAUGAUCAGUAUGAGACUCUAUCUUCUACUGAUAAUCACUCAACUAAUGUCAUGAACUCGGAUACAGCGGUUGAGGAAAGUAAACGGGAUAAUUUUCAAAUAAUGCGAGAGGACAAUAAUUUUUUGAAAAAUGCUCCAAAGGAGAGUUGCAGCUUUGAAAACUUCUUGCUGCUGAACUCUCCUUUGAAGACAGCAGCUCUUAGCCUGGAAGAUCGUUUGCUAUAUGGAGAAACACCAGAAUUGGUUCCAAAAAAAGAGUUUCUGCAGAAAGAUGAAGCUAAUUUUAAGAAUGAAUUAGGGGCAUCGUUUCUUUUCUCGGCAGAUGGUCACCAGACUGGAAAGAUUGCGCUCAAAAAGAGAACAAACGAAAACGACAAAGUACACGAUGUUAGAUCAGACGUGGAAAAAGUAGCUUUUCCUCCUAACGAGAAAAAGGAUCUUGAACCUUUUGAGCAGAGUCAUUUGACUCUGAAGAGUUCUUUGAAGCAGAGUAAUAGAGCAAAAGCAACGGCAUUUUCGGAGGAUGAGGAUAAAGAAGUUGAAUCAAGCAAGAAGGAAAAUGUUAUUGAGGGGCAACGAAGAAUUCCUGAUUGGUUUCAAGACGAGGUGAGCGAAAAGUUAAACCCCCAUAACGAGAAAUUUGUUUCCAAUACUGCAAUUCAAGAUGCAAAAUUAAGGACUAAGGAAAAUGAAAAUGAAAACCUUGGCUUGAUCCCAUGGUACGAGGUUAACAAGUACCUUGAAGAAAAUGACUCAGGAGGAGAGGAAGAAGACUCAGUAGAGGAAAUUGCUACUCCUGUUACUAAUACUACUAAUACUACUACUAAUACUGAGGCUGCUUCUGUACAAAAAACAAACGGUAAAAAUAUAAUGACAGAACCAGAAGAGUCAGCGUCAACAACAUCCAACAGGAAACCUGCUGUUAUUGACUAUGAUUUUGGAGAGGAAGAAGAAGAAGAACUAGCCAGACAAUUACAGACAGAGGAAGACGAUCAUGAAAUUUUCAAAUCGCAAAUCAAGGCUUCUCAUAGUUUGCCCAUAUCUUCCAUUAAAACAAGAAUUACAGACGAGCAGCUUCUUCAAGAAAAAUUACAGAAAGCAAAGCGAGACUCAGAUGAAGUAACCGAAAACAUGAUAAGUGAUGUCCAAGAGUUACUCAAGCGGUUUGGUAUUCCGUAUAUAACAGCUCCCAUGGAAGCAGAAGCUCAAUGCGCAGAAUUGAUGAAGAUUGGCUUGGUGGAUGGGAUCAUAACCGAUGAUAGUGAUUGUUUUUUAUUUGGUGGUGACAAGAUUUACAAGAACAUGUUUAAUCAAAAACAUUUUGUUGAGUGUUACUUUAAGAAAGAUAUUGAAGCAAAUAUAGGAUUGACGCAGGAUAAUUUGAUAGAGCUUGCUUUGCUUUUAGGAAGUGAUUAUACAGAAGGUAUUAAAGGAAUUGGGCCCGUUUUGGCGAUGGAGAUUCUUGCUGAAUUUGGCAAUUUGACAAACUUUAAAGCAUGGUUUGACAAACACACUAAAACGACAGAAGACAAGACCAAGACCAAUUUGUCUGCAUUGGAGAAGAAACUAUUAGCACAAAUCAAGAAUGGGAAGUUAUACUUGCCGGAUUCGUUUCCCGAUAAAGUUGUUUUUGAAGCAUACAAACUUCCUCAAGUGAAUUCAGAUAAAAGUGAGUUCAAGUGGGGGGUACCGAAUUUAGACAAAAUUAGAUCUUUCUUGAUGUAUAAUGUCGGUUGGAGUCAAGAGAGAGUUGACGAGGUGAUGAUUCCAUUAGUGAGAGAUUUGAAUAAGAAAAAUGCCGAGGGAACGCAAUCAACAAUUGGGGAGUUUUUCCCCCAGGAGUUUAUUCAAAGUAAGAAGGAGCUAAAUUUGAGUAAGCCCGCUGGUAGGUCCAAGAUGACAGACUCUUUAUCGAAAAUCACUUCUAUCAUAGAGUCUGCCAAGGAUUUGUCAAUUGAGGCAGCAAUGUCUGCGUCUGCGCGCCUUAUAGAUACUCAUGGCACUACAUCAGCACCACACGAAAUUUCCAAACUAUUAAACUCGAGAUCAAACAGGGAUGUUUUGAACGGUAUGAGAUGUGUUAUAUCCCUUAUUUCCAAGGGGGAAGAUGGACUCCCUUACUUUGCCGAUAUCGUGAAGAACAUUACGAAUGACAACACCAAGAUACGACAGCUAGUGAUUGUCUAUUUAACAAAAUAUGCCGAUGCCGAAGCCGAUACUGCAUUGCUUUCGAUCAACUCAAUACAAAAGUCAAUAAAUGACAAAACACCGACGAAUAGAGCCGACGCAAUAAGAUCGUUGGCCGGGAUUAAAAUCAGUUCUAUUGUUCCCAUAUUAGUCUUGAGUUUAAACAGGUCGUCAACAGACCCUUCUUCCUUGACUAGAGCUUCUGCAGCAAUAUCGAUAGGCAAGAUAUACAAUAUUGCUGGAAAGUCGAAAAAACAAAUGUACGAGAUUCUAGGAGACUUGUUGGCCGAUAGCGAUGUAGCUGUGGUAUCCGCAGCUUUGAAAUCGUACUUUCGAAUCAGAAAUAGCUUGGGCAGCGAGAGCAAAAGAUGGAAAUAUAUUCAUGGUAAUUUCAGGAGAUUUUGCUCCUUAAUUUCCAAAUUUGACGAGUGGGCUCAAGUAUAUGCAAUUGACAUCUUAACGGAAUAUUGCAGGAAAUUUUUAGAGAAGCCCACGGAUGAGGAAACUCUUGAUCCCGAUUUACAAAUGUUUUUAGGUUCACUAAAACCGUUAACGAAAUCCAUGUCGGAAAUGGUAGUAAUCAGCGUUGCAAAGUCAACCUAUUUGCUAUUUCCAAGUACAUUUAUCGAUUAUAAGCUUGAUGUCAUGCUCACAAGAAUUGCAACAUGCGUGGCAGAUACAGAUUUUGCUUUGUUUGCUUUGCAGGUAAUUGCUUUUAUCAGCGAAGAAGACAGGUGUAUAUUUGCACCAUGCUUUAAACUGUUUUACUUAUCACCGGACGAUGUCCCAGAGAUUGCCGUUUUGAAGCUCAAAAUUUUAUCCUCAAUCUCUAAUCAAGACAAUUUCAAGUACAUAUUGGAGGAACUAAAGUAUUAUUCAUGUACUUCAAGUAGUAGGAUUGCGAGAGGAGCGAUAAAAGCAAUGGAGAACUGUUCACGGGUUUCACAACAAUGGAACGAAUAUAUUUUAAAUUGGUGUUUAUCCCAAAUUGGAUUUUUAAAAGGUGAAAUUCUAAAUGAUUUGUUGACUGUAGUGCGUUAUAUAAUCCAGCAAAAGUACGAAACCAGAAUACCAUCUGAGAAGACCAGUAUUUUAAGGAUCAUGGCUAGGUUAGCUAUGCUUUUGCAAAAAACAGAGUUUGAGUUAGACGAUGAAGCAAGAGCAUCAAUAAUAUGGACAAUAGGUGAGUAUACUGCACUUGCAGAGAACUCAAUUGGUCCUGAUGUUUUACGCGUGUUACUCCCAUCUUUUGCUAGGGAAAGUGAAACAGUAAGAUACCAAUUGCUUGUAUUGGCAAGUAAGAUAUACGCUUUUGAGUUGGUACGACUGGCUAAUAAUAAUAAUAAUAAUAAUAAUAAUAGUGGUGGUGGUGGUGGUGGUGGCGCGAGGCGAGAAUCAGAAAUUGAGAGCAUCAAUGCUAAUCUACACAAUACCAUCGAGUUUAAGAUGUUUCAGUAUACCUUACAAUUAGCCAAAUACGAUCUGUCUUAUGAUACGAGGGAUCGCGCGCGUAUGUUUAGUGUUUUGUUGGACUCUGGAAUCGAACGAGCUCAAUUGGCUUCUUUGAUUUUACAAGUUCCUAAACCAGUGCCAUUGGUGGAAACAACUGGGACAGUAGAUGAAGAUGAAAAGGGUAUUAAGUUAUAUUUUUCUGUGAAUGCUUGGACUACGGAUGGAAGCACAUUACCGCCUUCAUCAAUAAGAACAGAAGUUCCUGUCAAAUAUAACAAAUUAUCCAAUGCAGCGGUUUUCAAAUCCGAUGAUAGGGCCAAGUCUCCGUCUCCAAUCACUGAAACCUCAAUUUCCUCACGUCAGCUUCAUGAUUUGAUUAAUCGCGCAAAGUUUGAACAGCAAAAGGACAAAACCUAUCAAUUGCAAAGUCUAGACGAUUUUUUUGGCAGUGACGAAGAAUCAAGUGAGGAAGAGGAGGAAGAGGAGGAAGAGGAGGAGGAAGAGGAGGAAGAGGAGGAGGAGGAAGAGGAAGAGGAGGAGGAAGAAGAAGAAGAGGAGGAGGAGGAAGAGGAGGAGGCAGAACAACGAAAGGGAUUGAUGACAUAA